CAUAGAUUGUUUUUUUUGUCCCUGAGUGUCUUUGCAUCUAGUUCCUUUUUUUUAAAAAAAAAAAAAAACCCCCGUGUUUAAAUGACUGGACAGUGUAAAAAAAGUAAUUGCCAACGCCCGGGCUGUCGUUAUCCUGUUGAAAGCGGCAUGCAGUGCGAUGAGUGCAAAGGAUGGUACCACGAAGUUUGCACAAAUUUAACGCCUGCAGCUUUCAAACGGUUCAGUAGGAAUGGUUGCGUAUGGCUCUGUCAACAGUGCUGUUCGGAUGCUAACAGUUUGCUAACCGAGGCCAUCUCAUUGGUUAGUGCUGCUAAAAAAUGUUUUGGUAAGAGUGGUCGCGACACAUCAUCAAGUACUCGCUCCGUUGACACGCAAAUUGGCGUGAGUCAAACUAAAGUGAGUUCGAAAACAGAUGACUCGCACCGAUCAAAGGGGGGAGAACAAUCCCCAAAGAGUUCUGUCCGCACAAAAAACUCAAGGAAAAACGUUUCUUCUGUCCCACGUCCUCAAAAUGGUAUCCAGAAAGAAACACAUAGAAGCCGCAACCGCAAGGCUCGAUCAGUUUCCAAAGGGACACCAAACCUGACCUCCCAAGUCAUCGAAAACCCUCCGGAAUCCCACAGUAUGUUUGACGCGACUGUGGUUGCUUCUCCAAGCAACGUUGACGAAUGGGUACAGGUUGUGAGGAAGAAACAGAAAAAUGAUAUAAAAGGGAACCCUGCCCCCACAAAAGUAGUCGAAAAACCGAAUGCUGAUCACAGUAACAGAUCAGUCAUUUUUCAUAGGAUCAAGGAGAGCGAAAGCUCCGAACCAAAAACUCGUUUUGAGCAUGACAUUGACCUGAUAAAACAGCUACUUAAUAAACUCAUGCCUGAAAAUAUCUCCGGAGUCACCUUGCUAAAGGUGUAUAGACUAGGUAGUUUAGCGAACUUGAAGCCUAAUCAAUCUAGACUGCUUAAAGUAGUUUUCAAAUCUUCGAACGAAAGGGACUUAAUUUUACAGAAUGGACAUAAAUUAAAGGGUUCGGGAGUUUUUAUCCGAAAGGACUUGCCGUUGGCAGACCGUGUAAAAAGACGGGAAGCCGAAAAAGAACUACAAAUGAGGUUAGACGCUGGCGAAAAGGACCUGAAAAUUGUAAAUUUUCGGGUUGUGAGGCUUCGUCAGAGAAUGAUGGCGAAGCCACUCUGGGUGAAACACGAAGUCACUCAAAUAGGCUAAGGAUCUGUUACACAAAUGCCCGAAGCUUGUUAAAUAAGCUAUCGGAACUAGGUGAACAGAUUGACUCUACAGAGCCAGACAUAAUCGCAGUCACAGAAACCUGGCUGACACAGUCUAUAGAUAAUAUGGAACUCGAUUUUGAGGGUUUUACUUUAGUAAGGACCGACAGAAUACAUAAGCGUAAAGGAGGGGGAGUAGCUCUAUUCAUUAGGAAUGCUAUCCCGUUUGUCAUCGUUGAUAGUGUAUCCCAUGAAAGUGGGACGUGUGAAUUGAUUAGUUGCCGCUUGAAAUUCAAGGGACAAGAGCUGCUAAUUGGUUUGGUCUAUCGCAGUCCAAGCUGUGAGGUAAAUGAUGUCCUGUUAAACAGGCUCAAAAAUUGGUCGCGAUGUGGUCGAUGUCUAAUCCUAGGGGACUUUAAUGCACCUACGGUAGACUGGAGAAAUCUGCGAACCGAAUCAUCAGAUAAUUCCUUCGAGCAGGAACUAGUUGACGCGGUUAUAACAUGUGCCUUAGUGCAACAUGUGAAAGAAGCGACUAGGUACGACCCGGACACUGAAUCAUCCUUGCUAGAUCUUAUAUUAACUCACUAUGAGGAUGACGUUGCGAACCUCCAUUACAUGCCACCCUUAGGUAAAAGUGAUCAUGCAGUUUUAAACUUUGACUUUCAUAUAACUGUCAAUCACGAGCAAGCGUCAACUCAAUCCAGACCUAACGUCUGGAAAGCAAGCAUACCAGAUACCAUGCACUCGGCAUCACUAGUAGAUUGGACAAUAGACCCAGCGUCCUCAAUUGAAACGGCUUGGAAUGCAUUCCGAAAUCUAUAUUUAAAAGUUACCGCACCCCACAUUCCUUGGACUAGACCAAGGGGGCCGAGAAACUCCCCACCAUGGUUCAAUAAGGAGGUCCGCAUCCUUCUCCGUAA